AAGCACCGUGACAGUGACAGCUAUCGACCAGGAAAGAAGGCGAUAUAUGAAACUAUAACCUGACCCAAACAGUGAGCAGCUUGGCUUCUGUCGGAGAUUCUCUCUCUGCUUUACGUGGAAUUACCGUGAGAUAGACCAGCGUGCGGCUGAUGUCAUUAUUUUGUUGCUAAUCACUAAUCAGGACAUUUCCUAUUUUCUUUUUGUUUCGUCUCCAUUACAGCCAAACAUCACCGGAUCAUACCAUGAAUAGGAAAAAUGGAGGAGCAUCAGGGGGUAGCAAUAGGGGCGAUACAGCGAAGAAAAAGCGAAGCCUGAGUCUGAAAGGUAUCCUGAAGGGUAUAGGAGACCACUUCAGAGGACAGGGUGGCAGUGCCUCCAACUCACCACCUAAAGCAGAAGGGUCUGUGGAUCACUCUGAUGAAUGGCUAGCAGUGAAUUGCAAUCUGACAUGUGAGGAGUUGGCUAACAUCAUGACGGAGUUCAAGGGAGGUCAAAUAGGAGAAGAUGAACUUUGGAAUAGGGUUUACGAGAAAGAGCGAGAGAAGAGGAGAGUGCAAGGCACCAUGACGUUAGGGUCAUACGUACCCAAUGGUGGAGCUUCAAGAGAUCAGAGAUACACAGGUGAGCGGAAACGCAUAGACAAAGACAGACAUAAUAAAGGAAACUCAGUGCCUGCAUUCCCUUCUCAUGACUAUGACACACCCACUGAAGAAACCCCACCUCCGUACUAUUCCGAUAAAAUCUAUAAGGACACCAAGCGAAGAAACAACGAGGACAGACUUCCACAGGGCCACGUUGUAGAGGCCGACAUCGAGGACGGCAGGUUGGUGAUUUCGUCAUCGUCGUCGUCAUCGCUGCUGAGAUCCCCUUCGCCAUCACCUUCCAGAAUCUCUCAGGGCCUGGAGAGUCCUCCAAGGAGAGACGAAGACGGAGACGGGAGCAGCCAGCCCGAUCUGUCGUUACCCAUCGAGAAAUUCAGCGAGCGGGAGAGGGUGAGGAUAACGCGGGAGAACAUGCUCGGAGACGGGGUGAUCGUCAAGAACUUAUCCGCCGAUGACGGCUGUAGGGUAAAGAGGUUGAGCUCGGACUCACGAUACGUCGAGGGCAAGCAGCUGAAUGAACCUAUCAUGGAGUUAACGGAAAGCACGGUGGUGCAGAACAUUGAUGCGCAUUCCAAUGACGAGACCAGCGACGAGGAGAACGGCGAUGGAGACUCGACGACGGAGGCGACCACCCCCUCGGGAUCGGUAUCGGUAAGUGGGGUGGGGCCAAUCGAUUUCUGGAACGCCCAUUCCUCCGAAGACCACCUCCCUCCUGCACAUGCACUUGCACAGACCCAAGCAACGUUAACAAGAGUACCAGAGGAAUCUCAGAUGCCUCCUUAUCUUAAUCAGACCCCCAAGAAGUCCCUCAAGGUCAUGAUAAGCAGUCGCAGCCCGCGCCUCCUCCGCAAGUUCACCCGCUCCCCGGUGGUGGCCUACUCCUCCAGGGGGGCUAGUAGCCCCUGGUCCAACCUCUCCUCCCCUAUGACGUCUCCCGAUGGGUCCCUGUCUGGGUAUGAGAGAGGAAGUGAUAGUCCUAGCAGUAGUCUUGGUAGGAGCACGGUUAGCUCCACGACAAGUGAUGAUUUCAGUAGUAGUGAUGGUCCAUCUACGAGAAGACAACAGUCGCACAGCCCCGACGUUCAACUCAAACCUACUCUAUUCUGUUCCGUAGCAAGGGCAAAGACAGACUACAUUCCCAGCCCAUACGACACAGGAGCACUGGCAUUCAAGAAAGGAGACUUGGUGUACAUCACCCGCAAACCCUCAGGGGGCUACUGGGAAGGGGUGUGUCAGAACAAGAGUGGCAAGUUCAAGUUUACCUUCGUGGAAGAGCUGAGUAGAGAGGAGAUGCCCGGCCUGGAAGGGGGGCAUACUUUCCCCCUCGGUCCUAACCAAACCAGCGCUUCUUACGUGCUGCAUCUGCAAAGUGUUGAAGAGCUACUCAGAAGGAUAGAGUGCGAUAAAUACUUGUCAGAUUUCAAGUCACGUGAUCUAGCGUCGCUGGAGAGGUUCAAGAACCUGACCGAAGAGGAUCUUGACAGUUUAGAGAUUACCAACCUGGAGCACAGGGUCAAACUAUUGACUGUCGCCAAACUCUUAUUAGAACCAAUCAAAUGUGUUGAUGUAAGGACAUUAUCAAGUAGUGCAUUAGGAGAAAGCUCUAUACCUCCCCCGAUCCCCUCCCAAAGGAUAGAUGACACAGACCUGAGCACUAGUAUACAUAAACUAAGGAUAGCAGCUCGUGAUUCUGGAUUCUAUGCAAGUACAGAUGCAGGAUUGUGUGGAGACAAUUCCCAGUCUCCGGCUCGCAAGCAUGGCAAGAACAGCAUGAGCAGUCUUGAAAUGCUUCGGGAAUCGGGGUUGGGGAGCCUGUGUGCGGAAGAGGACGAGGGGCCUUCGCCCGAGGUCAGUGGAGUCCUUGUACCAGGGUCAAACUGUAAUAACUCCAAUAAUAUAUCAGGGAUUUUGAUCCCGGGAGUGGAUGGACACUAUUUGAGGAUGUGCGACCAGUAUUCUGGGCUUGACUCCUGGGGCUGGGGCGGUGAGGUCCCAAAGGACAAGCCCCUUAAACCGGUCAGGACAGACGUCAAGGCAGUGGACCUUCUCCAGAGGCAUAGUCAGUUCAACAACGGCGCUACUCCUGUCACCGUCGCAGCCAUCUCACAUACCACCCCUCCGCAGAUCCUCGAGAACUAUUACGAGUUUCCCUGGAUGGACGAUCGUAGCCUGCAAAUGACGCGGCAACAACGCUGCUCACCAAAGCAUCAAGUGCACUCAAAGCUCACUCAGAGAUCCAGUAGUCCCGUGCUCAUGAACUACCCUCCAAGAACAGAGCAAAAUCAACUCGUCAUAGGGGAUUCUGGAUCGAUCCAAUGGAAGCGAAGUGCCUCUGUAGAUGGCACCGUCACGUGUUCAAACGGUUGGUCUAGUACAGUCAAUGGGGUCAUGCCUUCCCCUCAGCUUCUCCGUGCCGUGGGGCAAACGGAUACCUGCCCUGCCCUACUACUCAACAGUCGGAGGCGCAAGUCGCGGAGCGUCUCACCCCACAAGAGGCAGAACAAUAGAAAAGACACUGUAUCACGGGACCCCAUGCUGCACGCCUCGCCGACGUUGCCUCUAAAGAAGAUGCAGACGGGACUUGGUAUGCACAGUCAGUCUUUGGAGAAACUGUUAGAUGCUAAGUUGAUGGCUGAUGGCAUUGACAUUAGACAAGAACCUUACUCAGACAAGAUGGGCUUUUGUGGCAUCCCAGCGGCUCUGAUCCAGCGCUAUGCUGAAGAGGUCCAGAUGAGAGUACCGGACGUUGCAGUCUGUCUGGAGGCACUCAGGGUCAGGUUUCUCAUUGCAGAAGGUCGAUGCUGGUUUCGUAGUGACACCCUGGCUCACCAGGCCCAGCAUGUGAUCUACGCAGGACGAGGUUCAACGGUCUGCGAUUGGCUGACCUAUCUCGGUAUGCCCAUGUACGUGGACGCCUUCAUCGGCGGUGGCUGGGACGAGCUGGACAUCCUGAUGGACAUGGAGGAAGAAGACCUGAGGCGAUGUGGAGUGACCGACCCCAAGCACACCAGGAGGCUCCGGACAGCCCUGGAGCAUCUGAAGAUGACCGCCAAAGUAUGAUGGCACCUCUCUGGGGUCUAGAGUAGCCUGGUUUGUUUCUAUCGCUGCAGUGCCAUGGACUAUUGAGACGCAUACAACGCUUUGCCGGGUGGUGGAUGACGAGUGGUGAAGAGAGUUGGGGAUGUGCUCCGUUUGCGUGGUGAACUGGAGGAAUGAAUACUAUGGGCGACAUUGUCAUGGGAGCACAGAUAUACAUAAGAAUGUGGGGCGUCAGGUGGCUACACGAAUAUUGUGACCUAGUCAUAUGCACUUGCUUCACGUUGAGAAUGUUCUAGAAGCAAAAGCUGUCAGAUAAACCAUAAGAAACGCAUGUAGAUGCAUGUGAUGAGCUUCGGUUUGCACUGCACCAGCCUCAGAAGCAGUAGGCCGAGACAACCUCAGCAAUCUGUUUAGAUGACAUCAUUCCUGUAGCGAGUUUGGCUUUCUGGAGAACUAUGAUUUGAUUGCUUAAAAUCAACCUAAAAUCGUUUUAAAUCACAGAUUGCAAGCCUCGCUUCAAUAGCUAUCUUCAAGAUGAAGUCAAUGCACUUCUAUAUAGUUAUCUGAAUCUUGCUUUUGUGUUAAUUAAUGAAAUUAAUGCCAGAAUAUUACAGACAUGUUCAGAAUGUAUAUUGCAAAAUCAUUCUCGCCCAAUGAUGGAUAAUUAAAGCUUGUUUAUCCUAUCUGAUCAUGGGAUGUCAUUGGUAACAUAAGAAGUGGAACACUUUAAUGCAAAGAGUCAUUGUGUCAAGACUAUUUUGGAAUAUGUUGUAAUGAUUAUUUAAGGAAAUGACUUGCUCUCACUUGCUGAAGCCAAGUACUUAUACAAGCACAUGUAUUAAAUAUGUAUGCACUUGAACCUGUUCAUGUUUUUAUUUGAAUCAGAUUUUAAAAGUGAAACUUCAUGUUGUGCAAAGUGGUCAAAAUCACUCCAGUUUUUAAUAUCACUCUCAUAUCAAAUUUGAAUUCGAACUUUUUAAUGACAAUUUCAAUGAAAUAUCCUUCUUGCAGUUUAUAGGUAAAGAAUGCAGUAAAAAAAAAUGAAAUUGUCCAAGAUAAACAUUCUGUCAAACAACUAGCGCAUAAAAUUCACUAUUUUUAUCUGUAGACUCGAAAAUGACACAAGUCUUAAUGAUAUUUAAAGAGAAAUCGGGAUUUGAAAAAAUAUAUAUUUUCAAUGCAUUUUAUUUAAUUGUUCAGAAUUUCUUGCCUACAUGCCAUGUAUCAUGUCAUUAUAGAAUAUAUUAUAAUUAGGCUCGAAAGGAAUGAAUUGUAUUCAUAUUUAAUGAUGAUCACAAAUCUGCAACAUUUGCUUAUCAGUGGACACUUACAUGUAUUGAGGGAAAAUGAAUAGGUCAUAUCACAUCAGGGGCCCCUUUUUACAUAGAGUUGCGAAUGAUCCAAUCAGUCUCAACUAUGGAAAUAAAAUCAAUUUCAUAAUUAAUCAUAUGGAAAAGCUAUACAAUGUCCUUCUGAAAACGAUAAGGAGCAUAAUGAUUUGUCAAGAUAAUGAUGUAUGUUCCAGUAUAGAUCAUAAAGCAUAGCAAUUACGCAGAUUUACGCAUUUUAAAAUACUUUGGUUGUGGUGGCUUUCCAUGGUUGUGUUUGAUCGGAUCGAUCGCAACUCUUUGUACGAUGUGGCCUUGUCGAGUUUUAGAAACGACUGAUGUUCAGUUAAUGGAGGUCUGGUGCUAGCUACUCAGAUUUUAUAUUGUGUCAAAACAAUUCAUUAAUUUGCUUGCUCUUCCAGGUUGAAAUCUUUGUGUUUUUUUUGCUUUAGAGGUAAUUGAUGUAUUAUUUUCAAAGAAUUUUUAAAGGUCAAAGUUCUUAUAUGUUUCAUGAAAAUGAUGCAUAAAAUUUAUUUUGGUGGGGAAGGUAUGUACAUGUAUUAUCAACAGGGUUUUUGGUGUAUCUUUUGUUUUGUUUUUACUUCAAAAUUCAAGGGGGGGGGGGGGUUCAGAGGAAAAUGUGAUUAAAAUGUGAAUAUACAAGGAAGCAUUUUUUUAUUUUCUUAAAAAAGGGAAAACCAUCUUAAGAUAUGGUGUCGUUGAAAAUGCAAACUCACUUUUCAACGAAUGUGUUAUUAAGGUCUACCUCUUAAAAGCCAACUUUGAACUCAUUUAUAGAAAGUAUAUUUUGCUCUGAUUUUAAGUUGUAACCUCGGUUGCACAUCGUGGGAUGUCGCACCUAAAAAGUUAGGCAUUGUGAAGUGCGUUUUAUUGGGAAUUGAUACAGAUCUAUCCAUGGACACGAUUUGAUAGAUUAUCCUGACAUCAAUGCAAUAUUUGCCACUUAAUAGAUCUUGGGCCCGGUUUCACAAAGGUUGAUCGUAGGGCUGAUCUUUAUGACCGAUUGCAUUAUUAUGUAUAAUCAAUUGUAAAACUCAGUGCCAUGAUCAGUCACUGGGCUUUAUGAUGCCGGGCCCUUGUGCCCUAAAAUCAUAUUGAAAUUGCUACACUUCUAGGUGCUUCACACCCCACGUGGUUUGUGUCAAGUUUGUAACAAAACUCAAUAAAACUACAAGAUUUUUUUUGUUCAUUUUAU